AUGGAAGUGUCCGCGAGCUUGCCUGGUUCCAAAUACACACCAAAUAGGCUGGAAAACAUUGAGGAAGACAGUCCGUUAGGUUGCCUACAAGUGACUUGCCCUACACCAGAAACGCCUACUGAAUCCAUGGAGUUUCUUGCUAGAUCAUGGAGUCUCCCGGCUGUGGAACUUUCAAAAGCUCUUUCCCACACACAGAUUGCUGGUAACCAUGUUGAGAAGUCCCCUCUAUGUUCAGUUGGUGCUGAUCAAACCCAACUUAGAAGCUCUGCGGUUUCAAAGGAAUUUCAACCUAAAGAAUUACCAAAAGCUGAAAGCCCUCCAAUUUCUCCAAGUGGAAGUGAUGAUACAAAGCUCUACAGGAGCAUCAUGAGGGGAAAUACAGUGAGUAGAUUCCUGAAAGAUCAAAAAGAAAGGAAGAAGCAGGAGCUAAGAACCCAGAGUGCCCAAUUGCAUGCAGCUGUAUCUGUGGCAGGAGUUGCUGCUGCUGUCGCUGCUCUUGCGGCCUCAUUAGCAACUGGACCUGAAAAGGCAACUUUCCAAAAUAAGGCACCUUCAAAAACUUCUGCUGCAAUGGCAUCUGCAGCUGCUCUGGUAGCUUCGCAUUGCGUUGAGAUUGCAGAGGACAUGGGAGCUGAUCAUGAGCAAAUCCUAUCAGUUGUUGGUUCUGCAAUUAACGCGAGGACAAAUGGCGAUAUCAUGACCCUUACUGCUGGAGCAGCCACAGCCUUGAGAGGGGCUGCCACGUUAAGGGCAAGGUUGCAGAAGGGGUACGGAGCUUCCACCAUUGCUCUGGCUGAGCAGCAGACUGAAGAAGGUAAAGAAUUGAAUGUCUUGACAGCAUUGAAUUUUGUCUCCAAAGGUGGAGAAAUUCUUAAACGCACAAGAAAAGGAGAUCUCCACUGGAAGCAAGUCUCUUUCAACAUAAAUUCAAAUUGCCAGGUGGUAGCUAAAAUGAAAAGCAAGCACAUGGCAGGAACAUUCACAAAGAAAAAGAAGUGUGUAGUCUCUGGAGUCUAUAGAGACAUCCCAGCAUGGCCCAGAGGAGAGUGGCAGGAUAGCAACGAACAGAGGGCCUACUUUGGGAUAAAAACAGCAGACAGGGUGAUUGAAUUUGAAUGCAGAAACAAAGGUGACAAACAGAUGUGGAUUGAGGGGAUCCAGCAUAUGUUGCAUUGCCGUGCAAACAUGACAUGA